AUGGAGUUCCUAGAUCGCCAUCACGCCUCUAUUGAGCUCUCUCCCCUCAGAAUCUGCCUGGACGGCACCGAGGUUUUCCUGGCAGACACCCUCGCAGUGAUUAAUGACGGACCGUGGUGGACCCCUCUCCUCUCUGGGUCUGUAAUUGACGAGUCAUCACAUCAAGCUGUUGUUCGGCUUCUAUAUGAGUUUGCCUUUCAAUUCGACGUCAAUAACACAUCUUUGGGGCACACAAAAGUCCAUCAGCACUGCAUUGACUCGGGACGCCCGACCUAUCCGCCAGGCUCCUCGGCGUAUUCCUAUUUAUUAUCAAAAGGAUCUGGAAAAUGAUUCAAGAUAUGUUGAACAGAAGUAUUAUACGACCAUCUUCUUCCCCUUGGGCGUCGCCUAUUGUUCUCGUUAAGAAGAAGGAUGGGACUUUCCGCUUAUGUGUCGAUUACCGGCGGCGAAACUCCGUAACCAAACGUGACUCUUUUCCGCUGCCCAGCAUCGAUGGCACCAUUGAUGCUCUGUCAGGAGCUGCGUCGUUCUCUACUCUAGAUCUCGCAUCUGGUUAUUGGCAGGUUGAAGUUCACCCAGCUGAUUGGGCGAAAACGGCCUUUGUGGUGCCCUCUGGCCUCUAUGAGUUCAAUAUGAUGCCUUUUGGCCUGGUGAAUGUUCCGGCCACAUUUCAACGGCUUAUGACAACGGUGCUCCGUGACAUAACCCCCACGGCCUGUUUGAUUUACCUUGACGAUAUUAUAGUCCACGGAAAGACGGUUGAGGAGCAUAAUGCACACCUCCGGGAGGUUUUAUUGCGACUGAGAGAUGCGGUUCUUGUUCUACGGACAGAUAAAUGUAAACUUCUGCAGAACCAGACCCUGCUUCUUGGGUACAUCCUGUCGCCCUCGGGUAUACACCCAGAUCCAGACAAGAUAUCCCACAUAUGUGAAUGACCGGCACCCAAGACGAGCCAGGAAGUCCGUAGUUUUCUCGGUCUUGCAUCCUACUACAGGAAAUUUGUUCGUGGGUUCGCUGGCAUCGCCUCACUCCUUCACCGGCUGACCGAAAAGUCUAGGCCUUUCCUGUGGACUAAAGAGUGUGAGGCAGCUUUCGAUCAGCUUAAACGUGCUUUGACAUCCCCUCCGAUUCUCAGCCUCCCGGAUGUUUCUUCAUCUGCCGGUGAGUUUAUUCUCGAUACUGAUGCCAACGAUAGAGCCAUCGGAGCUGUCCUGUCUCAGCUGACUGCCGACGGUGAUGAGAAAGUGAUAGCGUUCGCAAGCAGGCAAUUGAGCAAAGAGGAGCGACCGUAUAGCACCACUCGUCGAGAGAUGUUAGCGCUGGUAUAUUUCCUCAAGUAUUUUCGCCCUUACCCCUUGGGUCGCCACUUUGUGGUCUGCACAGACCAUAAUGCUCUGCAUUGGCUGCAAAACUUUCGCGAUCCAGAAGGGCAAGUAGCGCGCUGUCAAGAACAACUGCAAGAAUAUGACUUUACUUGUGUAUACCGUCCAGGCGCUAGACACCAGAACGCCGACGCUCUUUCACGACGCCUGACUUCAUCCGAUGAGGCUGUCAAUGCCAUUGUGACGGUCGACGACGUGCAACAGUGGGCCAUCCUGCAAGCUGAGGACCCGGAUUUCGGCGACAUAUAUGACCGGCAGCUGCAUGGGUCUCGAAAGCCGACCGGCCGAGAAAUGAGAGAAAAGUCCGCCGCAGCGCGAGCACUGUGGGCUAGUUGGGUCAGAUUGCGCAUAAGUGACGGAGUCUUGUUCCUACAUAGUGGCGCUAAUGAGCCACUGCGACUCGUGAUGCCGAAGGCGAAGGUACGAGAUACCAUAGGUAACAUUCAUAAUCAACUCGAACACGCGGGCCAACGCAAAAUAGAAGCAGCCGUUCGCAGGCGCUUUUGGUGGCCGACUAUCCAUCAGGACGUGGUGUCCUACUGCACUGCGUGCUAAGUUUGCGCUCAGAUAAAGUCGCCGACUCCCGCACCACGAGCCCUGCUGCAUCCUAUUGCUGUGGACGGACCUAAUCACCGGAUUGGUGUAGAUAUAAUUGGACCGCUGCCGACCACUCGUCGUGGUAAACGUUUCAUACUGGUGAUGGUUGACUACUUCACCAAGUGUUGCGAGGCCGUACCAUUACAAACUCGGGACGCAAAGUCAGUCGCAGCAGCCAUCCUCAACGAUUGGAUUAGCCGUUACGGGGCGCCCACGAUAAUCCAUUCCGAUCGAGGCACGGCGUUUGAGAACCAUCUCCUGGCCGAAUUAUGCUCGUUACUGCAGAUCAAGAAAACACGGACUACUCCUUAUCAUCCCGAAGGAAAUGGACUGGUCGAACGCACGAACAGGACGAUCAAGCGAAUUUUAUCUGAAUUCGUUGAUCGCGAGUCAUCUGAUGCCUGGGACGAACACUUACCGCAGUGCCUGUUAGCGUAUCGGACCGCCGUCCACGACUCAACCGGAUUUUCUCCCGCGUUGCUCCAGCUCGGCUAUGAGCUUCGAUUACUGGCAGCUAUUCACUCGUCACUUAUACCCGCCGAGUCCCUUAGUAUGGGGGAAUACACACGAGCUCUCAAAGAAAGACUUGUCACGGUAUACAGACAGGCUGCUGGCAACAUCCAAAUGGCCCAACAGCAUCAGAAAACUUGCUACGACCGACACCGAGCUGGGCCAGAAUAUCAUGUUGGCGAUUCCGUGUUACUGUUCAGGCCGCGACCGCCCCUCGGGGCUGCUGCAAAGUUUUACCGGCCGUGGCAAGGCUGGUAUAUUAUCGUUUACCAACCCUUCCCCGACACGUUUGUUCUUCGCGACCCGCAGAGACCUUUCGCCGAUGUUCUCACCGUCCACUACAAUCAGAUCAAGCCAGCGCCCGAUUGCGGACCACCUCCCGAUUCCCCUCUCUCACUUGUCCCCUCCGGUUCCCUUCCCCCGGUAGCGCAGACGGUUGAAAUAUCUGCAUCGAACUUUCAGGGAUAG